UUUAUUUAGUCUAUCUUCGUAGCUCGCUGUGAGUAGUUGUUUAUAAGUCGGCGGAAGUAAAAACAGAAAAAAAAUUUUUUUUUAUUUUUUUUUUUUGUUUUUGUUUAUUGAAAAAUUUAUUUAAAUUUAUUUGGAUUACAUUUAUUUUUUGCCUAUUAUUUUUAAUUAAAAAUUUACAAUGUUUUUCUUAUAUUAAGUUUUUUCGAAUCUGAUUCUUGAUAGUGAUCAUAAGAAAAUAAAGAUUUUUAAUUUAAUUAAAAAAAAUUAUUAUAAAAAAAAAUAUUAAACAGAUUUAUACACUAAUUAAUUUAUCGAUUAUUUUGAAAUUUUGAAAACGAAUAAAAAAUACAAAAAAUUAAUAAAAAAAAUUAAUGAAAUUAAAAUAUUAAAAAUGCACUUUAUCAAAAAGAAAAAAAAAAUUAUUAAUUAAGAAAAAAAAUGUUAUAAAACAAAAAAAAGAAAAUUAUAAAAAAAAAUAAAAAUUGUGAUAUUAAAAUUAUAAAAUACGUAAAAAUAACAAAAAAAAAGAGAAUGAAAAUGAUUUGAUUAAAAGUCAUCCAUCCACGAGACAAUAAUGAACAAUCAAAAAUAUUCCAAAUGAUUACAUUUUAACAAAAAAUAAAAUUGUUGAAUUUUAUUUAAAUUUUUGUUAAUUGUAUUUUUUGGAUAUUACUUAUUUGGAUUACUUUACUUAUAUUUUCAAUUUUUAUCUUUCUACAAACUCAUUAAUUGGAAUAUUAUCAUUAUUUAUAAAUAAAAUUUUUCUGAAACUAAAAUAAACUAAUAUUCGACAAAACAAGGAAAAAUAUUUAAUUCUGAGUAAAAUUGAUAAAAUAUUGUAAAAGAUGGAUGAGAUGGGGGACGUUGAUCCAGAAACCCUCCUUGAAUGGCUUUCAAUGGGCCAAGGAGAUGAACGUGAUAUGCAAUUAAUAGCAUUAGAGCAACUUUGUAUGUUGCUAUUGAUGUCUGAUAAUGUAGAUAGAUGCUUUGAAAGCUGUCCACCCAGAACAUUUUUACCAGCAUUAUGCAAAAUAUUUUUAGAUGAGUUGGCACCAGAAAAUGUUUUAGAAGUAACAGCACGUGCCAUUACAUAUUAUUUAGAUGUAUCAGCUGAAUGUACAAGACGUAUAUUAGCUAUUGAUGGAGCUAUAAAAGCAAUAUGUAAUCGUUUAGUUGUUGCUGAUUUAUCUAGUCGUACAAGUCGUGAUUUAGCUGAACAAUGUAUUAAAGUAUUAGAAUUAAUAUGUACACGUGAAGCUGGAGCUGUUUUUGAAGGUGGUGGUUUAAAUUGUGUAUUAACAUUUAUUAGAGAUUGUGGUUCACAAGUACAUAAAGAUACUUUGCAUUCAGCUAUGGCUGUUGUUUCACGUUUAUGCACAAAAGUUGAACCAAACAGCCCUUGUAUACAAAAUUGUGUUGAAAGUUUAAGCACAUUAUUACAACAUGAAGAUCCAAUGGUAGCUGAUGGAGCUUUAAAAUGCUUUGCAUCGGUUGCUGAUCGUUUUACUAGAAAAGGUGUUGAUCCAGCUCCAUUAGCUGAAUAUGGAUUAGUAAAUGAAUUAUUAAAAAGAUUAAGUAAUGCAGCUGGAAAUCAACAGCAAACAUCUAGUUCAACUUCAUCAAGUCAUAAUGACAGCUUAAAUACAAGUAAAACUCAAGCUACAGAUGCUAGCCGUUCCUCCCAAUCAAUUUCAACUACAAUAUCAUUGUUAUCAACACUAUGUCGGGGAUCUCAAACCAUAACUCACGAUUUAUUGCGCUCAAAUUUGCCAGAAUCAAUGGAAAGAGCCUUUAAAGGUGAUGAACGUUGUAUAUUAGAUUGUAUGCGUUUAGCUGAUUUACUUAUAUUGUUCCUCUUUGAGGGAAGACAAGCACUGAGUAGAGUAAUGAUAAAUUCACAGGGUCAGUUAACCCCAAGAGUUCGUCGAAAUGAUUCAAGUGCAGAAAGAACCCAUAGACAAUUAAUUGAUUGCAUUCGUAGUAAGGACACUGAAGCCUUGACUGAGGCAAUUGAAAGUGGUGGAAUUGAUGUCAAUUGCAUGGAUGAUGUUGGUCAAACUUUAUUAAAUUGGGCAUCAGCUUUUGGUACAUUAGAAAUGGUUGAAUAUUUGUGUGAAAAAGGUGCUGAUGUUAAUAAAGGACAAAGAAGUUCUUCAUUACAUUAUGCUGCUUGUUUUGGCCGGCCAGGAAUUGCUAAAGUUUUACUUAAACAUGGUGCAUAUCCUGAUUUACGAGAUGAAGACGGCAAAACGCCAUUAGAUAAAGCUAGAGAACGAAUUGACGAAGGUCACAGAGAAGUCGCCGCAAUUUUGCAAUCACCUGGUGAAUGGAUGUCUGCUGGACGUAAUGAUUUAAAAUCAGGCGAAGUAGAUGAUACAUCAAAUGAGCCACGUGGAGAUCCAGAAAUGGCACCAAUUUACUUAAAAUUUUUUCUUCCAGUAUUUUGUAAAACCUUUCAAGGGACGAUGCUAAGUAGUGUACGUCGUGCUAGCCUUGGGCUUAUUAAAAAAUUAGUGCAGUAUGCUCAACCAACAAUUUUAAAAUCUUUAUGCAGUGAAUCAAAAGAGCAAAAAUUUAUUGGCAAUAUAAAUGGGAAUGAAAUUAGUUUAGCAACAUUGCUAGUUGAAGUAGUAGCAAGUGUUUUAGACAACGAGAUUAGUUAUAGUUGGCCUUCGUUUAAUUCUUCAGAUUCUACAGCUAAUAAUAAUGGUGCUACGUAUAAUAGGCCUAUUGGUCCUGUUAUAAAUAUGCAAUCAAUUAAUAUUUCUCGAAAUAACAAUUCUACUACUAUAAAUAAUAACAAUAAUACAAAUACUACUAGCAUCUCUGUUACUGCCACAGCUGAUAUAGAUUCAAAUUCAACUACAUCGACUACUACUACCGCAUUACGCCAAACAAAGAAAGCAAUUCCACUUCCUCCACCUCCGCCACCGCCAAUACACAUUACUACAACUUUGGUCACAUCUUCAACAGCUAUUGAUGUUCCCAUAAAUAAUAAUAAUGCAAAUAAUAAUAAUUAUAACAAUAAUAAUAAUAAUAAUAAAAAUUAUAAAGAUAAUGAAAAUAAUAGCAAUAACAUAAAUAGUAAUUCCUCACAAAGUUGUAAUAACAAUAGCAAUAUAAAUAACAAUAGCAAUGACAAUUGUACAGCAAGUACAAGUAACGCUACUACUACCAUUACAGCUGCAAAACCAAAAUGUGGAGCUCUUAUACAAUCAAUUAAACAACAGCGUGUUCAGAAUACCCAGCGAUAUAUUAUACCGCCACCACCCAAAUUAAAUAAGAUUUCGGAUGAUGAAGAUGGUCAUUUAGUUGUUUUAACAAUAAUAGAAGAAUUAAUGUCAAAAACACAAGAUGAAUUUUUAGAUCAAUUUGCAAGACUUGGAGUUUUUUCAAAAGUUCAAGCUUUAAUGGGUGAUGAUACAAAUGAUAAACAUGUAACAAAUGGAACCGCAAUAAAUGAUAGUUCAUUAAAAAAUCAAAUUCAACAAUCCAAUUCAAUUACAAAUCAAGUUGAAUCCACUAAUAUUAAUGAUGAAGAUAUUGCUGGUCCAUCAACAAAAUCCGUUUUACCGACAACUAGUUCUCAAUUAACAUGCCCAGGGAUUAAAAAUAAAGGAAGUGAUGAUGCUACACCUAUUGAAGAUGCAAAAGAAAUUUUACCUGGUAAAGCAUAUCACUGGCGAGAAUGGAGCAUUUGCCGUGGUCGUGAUUGCUUAUAUGUAUGGUCAGAUUCAGCUGCACUCGAAUUAUCAAAUGGUUCAAACGGUUGGUUUAGAUUUAUAUUGGAUGGAAAAUUAGCAACAAUGUAUUCAAGUGGAAGUCCAGAAAAUGGUAACGAUAGCUCAGGAAAGGGACGUGGCAUGGAUUCUGUUUCUAGUGAAGAAAAUCGAGGUGAAUUUCUUGAAAAACUUCAGAGAGCUCGUUCAGCAGUAAGACCUGGUACAUCAUCCCAACCAAUAUUAUCUAUAGUUAGCCAAACACAUCGACUUGUAGUUGGAAAUUGGGUAUUACAAUCACAAAAUGAAAACCAAUUACAUGUACAUAAUACUGAAGGACAUCAAGUUACAAUUUUACAAGAUGAUUUACCUGGUUUCAUAUUUGAAAGUAAUCGCGGUACUAAACAUACUUUUACGGCUGAAACAACUUUAGGACCAGAUUUCGCAUCCGGUUGGUCAGCAUCAAGUAAAAAGAAAAAAAUUAAAAAUAAAACAGAAGUUCAAAAGAACCAAGUUAAACAUUUGGCUAGAGAUUUAUAUAAUAGGUAUUUCAAAGCAGCUCAAGCUGUACCCAGGGGUGCUGUAGCUAAGUUGGCAACUAUAGUUAAACAAAUAGAAAAUUCUUUAGAGGAUCAACAUAAUUUAGCCGUAAUGAAUAGUAUAGGCAUCAGUGGACAUCAUCGUAUUAAUGGAAACAAUAUUGGAGGAAAUAGCAAUAAUAAUAGCUCAAUGGCAUCAUCAGUAGAAAAUUGGCAAGAUAAAUUACGUAAUUCUCUUUAUGAUUUAUCAAAUCUUUUACAUGAAGAUGGUGUUGUUAGUGCAUAUGAAAUGCAUAGUUCUGGUUUAGUUCAAGCUUUAGUUACAGUUUUAUCAAAAAAUUAUUGGGAUAAUGGCUUAUCAAGAAGUAAAAUUAAUAAAUUGCAAAAACAAAGAAUUGCGAUAUUUAAACAAUGUAUUUUGAGUAAUAAAAGUGAUUUGAAAAAUACGGCUGGUAUAUUAGUACAAAAACUAGUAUCGGUAUUAGAGAGUACAGAAAAAUUACCAAUUCAUAUGUAUGAAGCCCCCGGAUCUGGAUACGGCUUACAAGUUUUAACGAAAAGAUUACGAUUUAGGUUAGAAAGAGCUGCUUGUGAAACAACUUUAUUUGAUCGUACUGGUCGCACUCUGAAAAUGGAACCAUUAGCAACAGUUGGUCAGUUAGCAAAGUACUUGUUAAAAAUGGUUGCUAAACAAUGGUACGAUAUGGAUCGCUCUAGCUUUUUAUAUUUAAAAAAGCUGAAAGAUGCAAAAUCUGCUACUAUAUUCAAACAUCAAUAUGAUUUCGAUGAAAACGGCCUACUGUAUUUCAUUGGUACUAAUGGAAAAACUACCGAAUGGGUUAACCCUGGCCAGUAUGGUUUAGUUUUAGUAACAAGCUCUGAAGGUAAGCAAUUACCUUAUGGAAAAUUGGAAGAUAUCCUAUCCCGUGAUAGUGUUAGUGUUAAUUGUCACACAAAAGAUAAUAAAAAAGCGUGGUUUUCAAUCGAUUUGGGUUUGUAUUUAAUACCUUCAUCCUAUACUCUUAGACACGCACGUGGCUAUGGGCGAAGUGCUUUAAGGAAUUGGUUAUUACAAGGCUCUAAAGAUGGAAUAACAUGGACUACAUUGGUGACACACUCUGAUGAUAAAAGUUUAGGUGAACCAGGCAGUACAAGUACUUGGCCUGUUGUUUGUUCCCCUGAUGAAACUCAAGGUUUCCGUCAUAUUCGUGUGCAACAAAAUGGUCGAAACGCUUCUGGACAAACGCAUUAUUUAAGCUUAAGUGGGUUUGAAAUAUAUGGACGCGUAACAAGCGUUUGCGAGGAGAUGGGUAAAGGUGCAAAAGAAGCUGAAGCUAAAAUUCGAAGGGAACGCCGGCAAAUUCGAGCUCAACUUAAACAUAUAACUACAGGAGCUCGAGUUGUCCGCGGUGUUGAUUGGCGUUGGGAAGAUCAAGACGGUGGUGGCGGUGAAGGGACUGUAACUGGAGAAAUUCAUAAUGGUUGGAUUGAUGUCAAAUGGGAUCAUGGUGUGCGAAACUCUUAUCGAAUGGGCGCAGAAGGAAAAUAUGAUUUAAAAUUAGCAAAUUGUGAUAAUUUAUCGGUAUUAGAAGGUGGAACUGCAGCUAUAGUACCAUUAGCAACUGGAGCAACAGCAAAUAAUAGCAACAUUAAGAAAUAUGACGGAAAAGGUGGAAAUGUAUUAACGAGUAGAAAAUCAAUUUCAACUCCAUCCUUGCCAGAAGCAACAGAAAUGAAUCGAAACACUGUUUCCGCUCAACCAUCCGAGCAAACUGCUUCCGCCGACAAUUUGGCAUGGAAACAAGCUGCGGAAGCUAUUGCUGAACAUUUUUCAGCUGCUAAAUCGGAUCUUGUGGGGGCGUUACCCAUUGGAAAUUUGGGAACUAAAGACUCGCAGUCAAUUAAUAGCAGCGGUCAUCACGAUCUAAGUUUAGGCUCAGCAACCGCAUCCCUUGCAGGCGCUAUGUUAUCUUUACAAAGAGAACGUGAGAAUCACACAGACUUAUCCUCAAUCAAUAAUUCAAUGCAAGCAAUCAACAGUACUUCAACUAUUUCUGAUCUCGCAACUAUAACUGAAAAUUUAGCUUUAACCGACGAUAAUUGUUUAAAUAAUUCUACAAUUAAAUUGAAUUCUGGCGGCGGAAGUAAUAAUGUUUUACAUCAAUCAAUAUUAAACUCUGGAAACAACACUAAUUCCAACUGCAAUCAUUCUUCAGGAAUAAAUCAUUUAAUGCGUCAACUAAGUUAUCCUGAAGAUAACAAAUCCUCAAAUAUAGAAGCUAAUAAUAAAAUGAAUGCUAGUAAUUCAGUUAACAGUAUAAGUAAAUCCUUGUUAGUAAAUUUACGUUCAACUAGUGCAUCAGCUGCAUCUACUCGUAAUAGUGGUAGUGGCGGGAGUGGUGGUAAUGGUAGUAGUAACAGUGUUGUUUCACAGUUUUCAACAGAGGCUAUGGAGGUUAUCGACAAAAUGCGCGAAGGAGUCGACAUGAUUCGGAAUAACACAAAUAAUAUUUUAUCUUCCGAUAUCUUAUCAAUACCAUCAGGGGUAAAAAUUUCCUUACCAAAUCCAAUAUCAAAUGUUAGUAAUGCUGGGGCAACUGCUAAACAACAACAACAUGGAAACGACGAUAAUGUCUUACAUUAUAAGAAGCGUUAUAACGAUAAACACAUGGAUGAAUGUUCACCUUCCAACAAAGACUCUCUCAAUAAAAAUAACAGUGACACUUUCAAUUUCAUUUCACAAUCUACAACAGAAAAUGCAAAUAUUCAACAGAACCAAACGCAAAUAUCAUGCGACAGUGCGAAUACUUCAGGCAGUCAGUCAGAAAAUGAGCAAGUUGUAUCGAACCCAAUGAGCAUAAGUGAACCAAACUUAACAACAACAUCAGUUACUGAAAGCAGCAACAGUCACCAACCAGAACCAACGACUGCAGGAGGACUAUUAGAAACGUUUGCAGCGAUGGCAAGACGUCGCACAUCGCAAGGCAACAGCUUUCAAAAUAAUCAGACGUUGAACAAUGCCGCAGUAAACGAAAGAAGCAACCAAAACAACUCAAAUAGUAAUUCAAACAGUGGUGGAAGUUUCUUUCCAAGAGGUCCAAAUUCUGUAACGAGUUUAGUUAAACUUGCUUUGUCCAGUAACUUUCAUUCUGGUUUAUUAAGUACUGCUCAAAGUUAUCCAAGCUUAUCAUCGAAUAAUACUGGAAACAACUCCAGAUCUGGUGGAAAUACUGUUAACUCAGCGUCCACUGGAAAUCAAGUCCCCACAUCUAUAGAUCCGGCUUUGACAAUGAGUUUAACCUCAACAUCCAGUGACAGUGAACAGGUAUCACUAGAAGAUUUUCUUGAAAGUUGUCGUGCUCCAACAUUACUUGGCGAAUUAGAAGAUGAUGAAGAUAUGGAUGAAGAUAAUGAUGAUGAAGAAAACGAAGAUGAAUAUGAAGAAGUUGGUAAUACACUACUUCAAGUGAUGGUAUCUCGAAAUCUUUUAACUUUCAUGGAUGAUGAAGCUCUCGAGAAUCGCCUCGCAGCAGUGGGAAAGAGAAAAUCUUGGGAUGAUGAAUUCGUUUUAAAACGGCAAUUUUCAGCUCUAAUUCCUGCUUUCGAUCCAAGACCUGGUAGAACAAAUGUCAAUCAAACAUCAGAUUUAGAAAUUCCAGCUCCAGGUUCAGAAACUGAUAUAGGAAGGUCAACUGAAUACGUUGCGGUUCAGCAACCAGCCUUAUCACUCAGCCUUAAAGGUCCCGGUAUUGGGGGUAUUCCCGAUAUUGAAAUCGAAUUGAAAAAUACUGAAUGGUCUAUAUUUAAAGCUGUCCAAGAACUAAUGCAAGGAACCCAAUUGAAUAAACAAGAUAAGUAUAGAAAAAUAUGGGAACCAACAUAUACGAUCAUAUACAAAGAAGCUUUACCAAAUGAAAUGACAAGCAGUGGUGAGGAUGGUCUUAAUACACCAAUAGUCUCUUCGAAAAGUGGCGCAUCCACAUUGUCGCCAAAUUCUCCAAUGCGAGGAUUUGCUUCUGGUGGCCGUUUUACCAGUGCAUAUAAUGCCCCAGAAAAUAACACAUGUAGUGUUGAAGAUGUUUUGCAACUCUUAAGUCAAUUAAAUGCUUUAAAUCAAAAGCAAAAAAUAUCAGAAGACCAAAUAAACGAGGAUGAUGUGCUUAUAGACGAAAAUGGAGCAAACUGCUGUUUGCCAGCUGACGCAUUUAUGAGCAAAAAAAUAACCAACAAGCUGCAGCAACAGAUACAAGAUCCACUGGUGUUAUCUAGCAAUAGCUUACCUGAAUGGUGUGAAAAUCUGAAUCAAACAUGUCCAUUUUUAUUCCCAUUCGAUACGAGGCAACUGUAUUUCAACUGCACCGCCUUUGGGGCAUCAAGAUCAAUUGUAUGGUUGCAAUCACAACGUGAUGUUACUUUAGAAAGACAACGUAUGCCAGGAUUAAGCCCCAGGCGAGAUGAUCAACAUGAAUUCCGAGUUGGCCGAUUAAAACACGAACGUGUUAAAGUUCCACGAAACGAAAACUUAUUAGAAUGGGCAAUGCAAGUGAUGAAAGUUCAUUGUACAAGGAAAUCUGUUCUAGAAGUUGAAUUUGUUGGAGAAGAGGGCACAGGAUUAGGUCCAACUUUAGAAUUUUAUGCUUUAGUUGCAGCGGAACUUCAACGAUCAGACUUAUGUAUGUGGCUCUUUGAAGAUGAACAUAAUACAAACAACGACGACACUGAAAUUGAUUUGGGAGAAGGUGGCAAGCCUGCUGGUUUCUAUGUUCGCCGACCUGGUGGCCUAUUCCCAGCACCACUACCUCAAGACUCCGAUAUAUGUGAACGUGUUUCAAAAUAUUUUUGGUUCCUUGGAGUUUUUAUUGCUAAAGUCUUGCAAGAUGGUCGCUUAGUUGAUUUACCUUUAUCCAACUCAUUCCUACAGUUACUUUGCCACAAUAAAGUACUCUCAAAAACUAACACUGUGAUCCAUACAGUAAAAACCUGUGACGACAUUAUGAUUUCAAGUGUUUUAUCAGAAGAAUCAGAAUUAGCAGAUACAUGUUCAAAAUUACUUGGUAAUGAAUUUCCAGAAGCUUGUUGGUAUGAUGGCGUUUUAAAUCAAGAUAAUUUCCUCGAAAUUGAUCCAAUGAGAGCAAAAUUUGUAAAAGACUUACAAGAAUUAGUAGCUAAAAAACAAAGUAUAGAGCAGAAUAAUGAAUUGAGUGCAGAAGAAAAAAAUAAAGCAAUCGAAAAUAUCAAAAUCGUUACUAAAACCGGACAAGUAUCAUUAGAAGACUUAGCUUUAACAUUUACAUAUUUACCAAGCUCACAAAUAUAUCAAUACCAGUACGCUGAAUUGGUUCCAUCGGGUGCAUCAGUCGAUGUUACUAUACAUAACUUAGAGGAAUAUUGCGAAUUACAAAUGAAUUUUUGUUUACAAGAUGGUAUUGCAAAACAACUAGAAGCCUUUCAUCGUGGUUUUUGUCAAGUAUUUCCAUUAAAUAAAUUAGCUGCAUUUAGUCCAAAUGAAGCAAGAAUGAUGAUAUGUGGAGAACAACAUCCUCAAUGGACUAAAGAUGACCUAAUUAAUUAUACGGAACCAAAAUUAGGUUACACAAAAGACAGCGCCGGAUUCUUAAGAUUCGUUAAUGUUCUAAUGAGCAUGACUGGUCCAGAACGUAAAGCAUUUUUACAAUUUACUACUGGUUGUAGUAGCUUACCACCAGGUGGGUUAGCGAAUUUGCAUCCACGUUUAACGGUUGUGCGAAAAGUUGAUGCUGGGGAAGGAAGCUAUCCAUCUGUGAAUACAUGUGUACAUUAUUUAAAACUACCAGAUUAUCCGACUGAAGAAAUUAUGAAAGAACGUCUGCUAACUGCAACGAAGGAAAAGGGAUUCCAUUUAAAUUAAGAUAUAAUUUUUAAAAAUAAAAAAAAAAAUCAUUUUACAUUAAUAUUUUCAUCGUAUUUAAGUUGCUUUUUCUUAUUACAAAAGUAAAUUUAUUGAUAUUGUUAUUCUUUUUAAAAUGAAUUAUAAUGUAGUAAAAAAUAGCAUAUGAAAUUUCUAAUGAAAAUAAAAUAUAGCGAAAGUUAUAUAUUAUAAAACUUACAAUUUAGGUUUAUAAGGAGCUAUACAACUGCUAAAAUUAAAUAAGAAUAAUAAAUUUCGUUCUUUAUUUGUUUUCUUUUUUCAGCUAAUAAAAUUAUAAUUCAUUCUUUUGCAUUAUAUCAUUUAGUUUACAAAAAAAAUUUGAAUUGAUAAAUCUAGUUAAAAUAUUUCACAUAAUAUUUUUUGUCCUUUAUUAUUAUUUGUAAAUAAAUUUAUUGAGAAAUAUAAUAUAAAUAUAUAAAAAUCUUUUAGGUUAUAGAAAUAAAAAUAUCUGUAAUAAUAACUCAAAAAUGAUGAAACUUUCAUUUAUAGUAGUUUUUAACAAAAAUAAUGACAUAGCCCUUAGAUAAUAAUAUAAAAAAAAGAAUAUUCAUAUUAUGUAUUUGGAAAAUUUUUUUAAUUUAUACAAAUCUAAAAUAAAAAAAAUAUAUAUACAUAUACAUAAUACAUUAUGUUAGACCAAAGCCCAAAGUUUAGUCAAUUCGUGAAAAGACUGAUCGCUCUAGCGUUGACCAUCUGAAAGUUUGCUAAAGCUAAUAGAAUACAAAGAAGGUAAUUUCAAAAACGAUUAAUGCCUAAACUUUGAGCCUUAGCCACAACAUGAAAAGAAAACGAUACAAUAUAUUUCUAAAAACUUGAUAGUAAAACUAUAAACAUGAA